AAGACACUGCUGAUCAACAUGAACUAUUUCCCCUCUCUGCCUCCUGCCAAUAGGUGACUUGUAAAGCGGGGGCAAUGCUGGGUCUUGGCCAGGCAGGUUUUUUGACCACAGCUCUGUCAUUGCCUAGCACCAUUAUUUUCUUCCCAAGCCAGACCUCCAAUCGCCCCAGCCCAUCAACUCCACCCCUUCUCCCCUUCGCCCUCUGCCAGCUGUUUCUCGCAGUAUUCCCAGCAGUUUGGCAAAUGGAAGAGUAGGAUGCUUCAUGUAUUGGUGGAGAUCGGGCGACUAUUCCGACAUACGCUGGAGUCACAUUCCCCCAAAAUUACAGAGCUGUAGCUGUGGCUCCAGGCCGACAUGAAAUAAAUCUGUUUGACCCUAGGCACCGCACCUUUCAUUAGGGAAUUCCUAACUAAUUGGUUUACAAUUUCAUUGCAUGUCGGAUCCAUGUAUUAAAGACUGGACCUUCAAGAAAGAAGACUACAUUCAUGUUGACUCACCAAAUGAAGAUUGAGAAAAUAUGUCUCUGUCAGUCAGCCUGACGCCAAAUGUAUGUAAAGCAAAUUUGAAGUAGUAGUCUUAACGAGCUUUCUCAUGGAGUCUGUCCUGUUUGCUUUGUCAGAUAUGAUAUCAUUCCAAAGGAUCUUCAGACCGAGAUACUUAGCUCCUAAAGCUUCAGACUUUUUUACUGUUUCCUGCUGUAAAAGUAAUUGUAGAUCUUCGAGGAUGGGGGGUGUGGUGGAAGUCAACAAGAUUGUUUGGAGCAAGGAAUUUAUUGUUUGGAGCCAUGCGCAAGUCGCGCCAGCUUUCGACUUGUUGUCGGUUUCUACAGACAUGUUGCAUUUUAACAAGCUUUGUGUCACCUUUCAAAAGAGCCCCUCCUUCUGCAGCUGACUGACAUAUUUAAAGGUGUAAAGAGUUGUUCAGAGCUGGAAUGCUGCUAGAGUCAGGGUUCCGCUGGCCUUUCUAAGUGUUUGCUCCUUAUUGUGGAGGGACCUGAAGAUUGUUCUUGAUAUUGUUUGUCUCUGUUUGUCAUCAGACUGCAACUGGUGCCUCCGGUGUGUUUAAGCUGAAAUGUUUUACAGGGUUUCUUUUGUAUGUUGCCUGAAGGCAUGUGAUGCGUGAAGGGUUAUAAAUCAAGUGUGAUUCAUCAAAACAGGUUCUGCUGUCUGCCAAGUUUCAUUUCAUCUCAACACACCACAGAGACGUACAAAUAGAUUUUGGCCCGCAGCCAUAACUUCUUCCUUUACCAAACUGCUCCCCUGUCAACACCCCUCCCUACCACUGUUCCCUCCUCCAACCUUACCAACAUUUAUCUCCCCCUCCACUACCUUUACACAAGACCAAUGAUGUUGUUUUCUUUGAGCUUUUCUUUGACUGUCCUCCAUGGGAAGUACCUGGCAGCGGAUACAAGUGGCAGGCCUGUGCCUGGACAUGUCUGUCUCCCCCUCUCUUCUGUCUGCACGGCCACGUAAUGUUUUGUAGUGCUUUGCCACCCUGCCAUGUGGUAAUCAUCUGUACAACACAACAAGAUACUUGAACAACACCUUGUGCCGCUGAUCUCAUCUACACUAGUGCACCUGCAAAGCUCACAUGGCCCACCAUUAUGAACCCUGGCUUCGGACAGCACCAUCUAGUGGUAGCACAGACGACAUGCCCAUCCCUUCCUGGUGGGACUUCCAGAGGGAUAUUCAGUCUGGGAACUGGAUUGACCUCCACACAGGGCAAAGUGCUGACUUACCGUCUGUGAGUCCAGGCUGCAACAUGGGUCUGCAGUCCUCUUUAGGCUCCUACAGUUCCGACCCGCAAAUGUGCUCCCUGCCUUUGAGUCAACAUCUACCAGCUUCAUACUCACCUCACCUCUUCCCUCCCGAUGGCUUGAAGAUCGAACCACUGGCACCUGAUAUCUUGCAACAAGAACCUUAUGCACUGGAAGAGCCACGGGUGAAUGUGGUUUUGGCCCGGCCAAAGUCCCAGAGACGUUCUUCUUCCAGAGGUACCGGCCAGGCAGCGUGUCGGUGUCCUAACUGUGUACACGCUGAGCAGAUGGGCCACAGCACGGAUGACAGCAGGAGGAAGCACAUGCACAACUGUCACAUCCCUGGCUGUGGUAAGGCCUACGCUAAGACCUCUCAUCUGAAGGCCCACCUAAGGUGGCACAGCGGGGACCGGCCCUUCGUCUGUAACUGGCUCUUCUGCGGCAAGCGUUUUACACGUUCUGAUGAACUGCAGCGACAUUUACAGACGCAUACCGGUACGAAGAAAUUCAGCUGUGCGUUAUGCCCUCGGGUGUUUAUGCGCAGCGAUCAUCUGGCCAAGCACAUGCGCACGCAUGAGUCCCCAGCGGAGCAUGGAGAAGAGAGUGUGAAUGGAGAGGGCAAGGGCUUUGAUUCCCCCACACCUCCUCAGUCAUCGUCAAACAUGUCUGCACCUGACACCAUCGAGCCUCCACUCAAGCUGAAAUGCGAGACAGACCCCUCCAUCUCCAGUGUAACUGGCUAGUCUGGUCCGGCUAAGUUCAUUACUUUCUGAAUCAAGUUUGAUCUAAAAGGAGACACCAUCCAUUGCACUUUCAGUUCUAUAAUUGACCUGCAUGAGUUUGACGCUAGAAAACUAAACAGAUGGAUCUGAACGUGUUCUUCUGUGGUUCAGUAAAUUAUUGAUAUUAAUGGGACUAUCAACUCAGUGAUUUACGACUACACUAAAAACAAUGGUGGAUUGAAUGUACUCAAUUUUAUCUUGUCAAGUGGUUUGGUAAACAGGCUCAGGUCUACUUCCGGGUGCAGGCCAUCGAACGCGACUUUAGUGUAUUUGAUUGACGGUAUUGUGUAUUGGGGUGAUGCUUUUCCUUCCCGCAUUGUCGGGCACAAUGGACUCGGAUAUGAGCUUCGACCGCCAGAAUGAAAACAGGGCCCUAUAUGUUUAUCUUGAUUCAGAUACAUUUUAAAAGUAGAUUAAGACUACUGCUCUACUUAAAAUUGUUUUGAUCCAGAUGCUUUUAUUUUGUGCAACCACUUGAUGAAAUAAAAUUGAAUAAAUUCAGUACAUCA